AUGCUUAUAAAACAGAAUCCGCACAAAGAAUACGCUCCCAUCGAAGGGUUCGCAGACUUUCGCCAAACUGUCGCCUCAUUUAUAUUUGGAGAGCAAAGCGAUGUCAUCGGACGGUCACGACAUGCGACAGUUCAAGGACUCGGCGGCACCGGAUCUCUCAGAAUAGGAGCCAUAUUUCUAUACCAACUCCAAUCUCACAGCAAAAAGGUUUACAUUCCGGAGCAGACAUGGAGUGCACACAAUCAGGUGUUCUCUCAUUCAGGGUUUGUCGUCAAUCACUACAGGUAUUGGAACUCAAGUACUUUAAGUCUUGACUUUAACGCUCUUAUGGAAGAUAUGGAGACAAUGACCGAGUAUUCAGUGGUUGUGUUGCACUCGACGGCACACAAUCCCACUGGAAAUGAUCCCACAUUAGAUGAAUGGCAACAAAUUAUACGGCUUAUGAAACGAAGACAUUUGUUCCCAUUCCUCGACUGCGCUUAUCAGGGCUUUACGUCGGGAUCUGUUGAAGAAGACACGCGAGUGAUUCGACUAUUUGCUGAACAAAUGGAUGAAUUGGUGAUUGCCUUUACAUUCUCCAAGAAUAUGGGUCUCUAUGGGGAAAGAAUCGGAGCGACGAGUGUUGUCUGCCGGACAUCGGAAGAAGCGGAUAAUGUAUUGACACAAUUGAAGCGAAUAAUACGACCCAUAUAUUCACAUCCGCCCAAUUGGGGCGCAAGACUUGUCACUCUUCUGCUCAAUGAUCACCAGUUGAAGAAAGAAUGGUUUAAU